AUGUAUCUGCAUUACUUUGAGUCCAAAGAUGUGAGUAUGUUUGCAAAUGACGAGUAUGCAUUCUACAAAUUGAUUACUUGUUGUCAUUUCAAUCCUUUAUUGUUCUAUUGAAUUGAAAUACAUGAAAUGAGUCAUAUUUUGAACUGUGGAUAAAGAUAUAAAGGUGAACACGAUCUUCGCUGUAGAAUGAACAACCUUAAAGUGGUUAAAAAUCCUGAAAACAUUCAGGCUUGCCCUACUGCUUUUUAGGUUCUUUUUCAUUCUAUUGCAAAGAUCAUACAGUCCACUUUCAUACUUGUUCCCUUGUCAUCCCAGGUAAAAACCAGAUCUCACUUUGUGAUCAUAUACACAAUAGUCUAAUGAAAUUGUUUACCACUCUAUAUAAAAAAUAAUGUAAUAUUAUUGCUAUUUGUUAUGUGGCUGGCUACUAAUAACAAGCAGGCAAGAUGAAAUGAAUGCUAUGUUCUGAUUGGCUGGUCAAGUGUGCAUGACAGACCUAUCUUGCCUGUUCAGGAUUUUGGAAAAAACCUUGAAUCCUUCUGGUUCCUGCUAGCUGACCGCCAUGUCCUUUUACUCCGACUUGGUUUCUACAAGGACACCUUUCUUGGGUGUAGAACACAGUCAAUAUCAGGGCUUCUGAUAUUUCGCUUGGUCGCGGAGCCGUGAAAUUCAGGUUAAUCCGCGAAAUCUCGUGAAAUUCCUAAAAACAUGCGAAAUACCGUGAAAUUCGGUAGAAAUCUUAUUAAAUACAUGUCUGUACAGCAAUUUUGAAAGCUACUGGGGGUAUUUACUUGCCAUAAACUCGCAAAUUUAUGUCAAAACUUCGUCACUGAAAUGUGCAAACAAUGUUGCGUAACUACCAGGCGUAGAUUAUAUUGCAAAAAACUGGGCACUAGCCAUGAUGUGAAAGGCUUUGCCAUUGGUUCAUUUCUGGAAGAGCAAUUGAUGACCUCUGUUAGGAAAACAUUAAAAACGCUGGUCUGAUCAGAGCAAAACUGAUCGAUUUCUAGCGAAAUUUGCCCUGAAAAUAACCCUAAAAUCUGCCGUUUUUUUACAGAUUGCUUUCCAGCCAAGUUUGCCCCGAAAAUUCGCGCAAAAUUCCCGCGAAAUCAGCUGAUUUUCCACAAUUUUGUCCCUAAAAAUCCUGCGAAAUUUGACUUUUUUUUCCGUGACCUAUCGAUCAGAAGCCCUGUCAAUAGUCACUGACCUUGACUCAAUGACCUUGGUUGAUAAAAUUCCCCGUCAAAGAGUUUUUAGUCUGGCUGCAUGGUAACUGGCUAGAUUUGUUACCCACAACGGUAACAGGCCUAGCAAUCUUCCUAGAAAACUCUGUAGAAAGGGAACCAUAUGAACAAAACUCAAGACAGAGACUUGUGAGAAAAGAAAAAUAUUUUCAGAACAGUCUGUUUGCCACCCUUUUUUUAUGGCCUGCAACAGCUUUACAGAUCAGGAUAUUAUUCAAGGUUUGUAAUUAAACUAAGAGCAAAUAUUAUCAAGAAAGCUACAUGGCAUGUAAUGAUUCAUAUUUUUUGGAGGAGAAGAUGACAGUGGUGUAGGAGUAGAGGAGUGAGUGGCAAGAGUGCUUACUAAGAACUCAGCUCCGAUUUGAUCUACUUCUUGUACACUGUGUUGAUAGCGUGGUGCACUCGAUGAAGAUAUUGCUUUAAUUGCGAAAUGUCAAAGUCUAAGUAACAAGUUGGAUAUGCUAAUUUACUGCACAUUGCAAAUGCACGUGCAACAAGCUACGUAUGCUAAUGAGUUACAUGUGAACGUGCAACACCUUUCCUUUCAUGAAAAAAAAGAAAAAAUAAAAAAAUAAAAUAAAAUGAACAUAAAUGAAUAAAGUCACGAAACACACGAUACAGAGUAACAGUUUGUGCUAUGGCGUAAUCCAUGAGAUAAGUCAAAGUACUUCAUGUCUCGAUGUCUCAAAGCUAUGCAAGUGUUCAACUAAUGUUCAUUACGUAAUCUUUAAAUCUGGAGGGUAACUUCCGGUUCCUAGACGACCUCCGCAGCACGAUUUCCGGUGAUGCAUGAUGUUCAGGGUUCACGUACUCGGGCUGCUCCACCUGUUCUGUUCCACCGCUGUUUGGACUUGAGGGGUCGUCCACCUGCUCAGAUGUAUCUGAUGCUACAUCUGUGUCGAUUGAUACCGAUUCACUGUAGCCGCGCACCGGAUCGGUGGAUGCUUUCCUAAUUUGUGCGUGAUUCCGACGAACAAGCCCCAAUGGAGUACUUAAAGUGCACGAUCUUGGCGCAGGCUUGUUAACCACCUCACCAUGUAUCCAGGGUUUGCUUCUGUUCCUCGGGCUCGGUUUCACGAAGACUCUCUCGCCGAUUGCAAAUUCACUGAGCUGCUUUGAUGCUCGUUUGUCAUAGUGGGUCUUGGCCUUUUGUUUCCUUUCCGCAAUGUUCUGGGUCACUACACUUGGCACUGUUAGUUGUGGUUGGAGUUUGCUUGUAGCCAUGGGAAUCAGAUCCCGGAGUCUUCUAGACAUCA